UCAAUCUAAAUUAACCAAGGCAGCAAUUGCAACGGUUCAAGCAACAAGAUUUUUAAUAUCAUCUUUUCGAUAUUCUCAGACACCUAAUGACAAAAAGAUUAUCAUGAUGCAUAGAGUAGAAUUCGAAUAA